AUGGGAGAAUUAAGCCGGGACCAGCACAACAUGGAAGCUGAAACGAUGGACGUCGAUAAGCCAGCCCAAGAGGCGACGGCCAAAUCCUCGGGCAAGAAGUCAAAGUCUCACGAGAUCUAUUAUUCCACAACCAUCAGGAGCCCCACCUACGCAUACGCUCACUUGGAACUCAUCACCACCGCCAGCUCGGAUUUGGAUGACCUCCAGCUACGCUCUUACCUGACUGCCGCACUAAAGCAGUUCCUCGGCGCCACGGGCUCAGGCAUGCCCAUCGACAUCCUCAAGGUGCAAGGAAAAGAAUCUUGGGUGCGGGUCCCCCGUCAAGAUCUAGGAGCCUUCGCCGCCGCUCUGACCGCAUGGUCGGGGUCGGGAAACUCAACGGGGUUCAUCAUCCGAGCAGCUGGGGACUGGCUCGGCGCACUGGUGGGACGGCAUGAGCAGAGGAAGCUCUGGGGAGAAUCAUAA